AUGGCUCGUAACUCGGAAAAAGCUCAGUCUAUGCUGUUUCGCUUCCGCGAAGCCCAAGCAGCAGACCUAGGCAUCAUCGACGCCGGCCGCACACGUCGCCCCAAGCUCAUCACCGAAGUCUCAGCGAUACCCGCCUGUGAAAAAUGGCGCGGUCAAGUGCUCAAGGAAAUCUCGCGCAAGAUGUCACGGAUCCAGGAUCCUAUCCUCAGCGACUACCAGAUCCGCGAUCUCAACGACGAAAUCAACAAGCUCAUGCGCGAGAAGCACAUGUGGGAGAUUCAGAUACGCAAUCUUGGCGGACCGAACUACAUGCGCGGCGGGGGCAAGAUCUACGAUGAGCAAGGACGCGAAAUACCCGGUAGCGGGAAGGGCUAUAAAUAUUUCGGCAGAGCGAGAGAACUCCCUGGUGUGAAGGAGUUGUUUGAAGCAGCGAAGAACCAGGGCGAUGAGAAGCCGCUCGAGGAGAGGCAUGAUAUGAGGAGGAAUGUUGACGCGGCGUACUAUGGGUAUGCGCCUGAUGAGGAGGACGAGGAGAUGCUGGCGUAUGAGGCGGAGAAGGAGAGGCAGGCGGUUGAGCAUCUGCUCAAGACGGGGAGUAAGGAUGUGCCGGAGGGGUGGGAGCCGCUGCCGGGGGAUAGUGGUGAUGGGAUUACGUGGGACUUGCCGACGUUAGAGGAGGUGCAGGAGGAGUUGAUCGAUCGGAGGAGAAGGAGGCUUUUGGAGCAGUUGUGA